GGCGAGUGGGUGCGAGUGAGAAUGAGUGGCUACAUGUUGCAAAAAAGCAAAACAUCUACAUCGAAUGCGUUGAGAGACAUGCCGACAUAACUUCUGUGUUAUUGGAGCUGUCGUCUUCGGAAAACUACUUCAAACGACAACAAAAAAAACUUGAUGUCUGCCCGGGGAGAACCAAGGACAUCCAAAAAUAAGAAAUCAAGAGAUCUUGAAAUAUUACAUUACAACAAAAUGCAGACAUGAAUAUAACUUUAAUUAUGAACUGAGAUGAACCACAAACCAUCACAAUUCUGCGGUCCUCCGACUAGAGAGGGCGCCACCCUCGAUGUGCCCCUCCCCCAAUCGGCCACGCUAUCAGACAUGUGUGUGAAUGGACCCAUUGUGUAUGAAUGUCUGGACUCAGUGCUGAGGAGCCAGGUUCAUCUCCUCCAAAAAGACGCCCCGAUGGGGCACCAUCCUCUCCCCCUGGUGGGCGGGGCCAGGAGUCCGGCUGCGCGUGUCGCAUGUGCGAGAGAAUGGACGGAUGAGUUGUGUGUGCUUGGCUGCGUGCGUGACUGGGAGUAUGCAAGGCUAGGUGAGAACGCAUGCAGAGAUGGGAAAAGAUACAAAUACAACAUCUGAAGAGAAACAAAAUUAAGAAACGCAACAAUGAGGUUAUCAAAGGUUUCAGGAAAGAAAUUCUGCCUUUGAAAGAGAGGCUGAUCCUCUAAAUCCCUAAAAGGAAGAACUUUGGAUAUGAAAAAAAAAAAUCGUCACCACAAGGAUUAUUUUUUUUUUUGUUUUGAGUUAUUGUUAAGUUAGUAUUAAUUGACACUGGACAAUGCUAGUGGCAGGUGUGGAGCAGCAGUGCAUUGUAUUAUGAUGCAUUUGGUGGCUUUUGGGCUUUUCUUUUUGCCUCCAGUGUGUUCCUUUUUAUGAUAUUUUUUUAUUUUCAGCUUUUAGUUUCAUCGCUUUUGUAAAGGUGAUUGACGACGAUCGUAUUCCACCCUCACACCAGAUCCCUAACCUACACACCGGACAUAGGCUUGAUGCUGUGAAAUUCUGACACCAUCACUAUAAUCAACCAAAUGACCUGUUCCCCUUGUGACACUUCAUUAUUUGUCCUUCAAUUUACAGCAAAAUCACUGCUUUGCAGUAUUAUUGCCAUAGCUUUGACUUAACACCAAGGGAGAAGAGAACAAUGGCCAUUUCACGUAGAAUUGUGAAACAUAACCUUUGCAUGUACUAAACUAUAGCACAGUUAUUUUUAGGGUAUUUUAGUUUCCUUAGGCUGUGGAUACAGUGUAAUUUUCAUUUUAAGUAAAACUGUGCUUAAAUGUUACAUGUUUCCCCUUCCCUUAACCCUCACUAGUGUCCAAUUUGCUAAAUAAUAUGUAUGGUUUGCACAUGUACUGCAAAGUGAGGCCUGAAGUCUUUCUAAAGGUGUGUUGGUUGGUUUCUUAGGUUUUGACCUGCCAACAACUUCUACAAUAUGCAUCACUCAACCACAAUCUUUAUUGUAUUUCUAGAGUAAUCCAAUGAUGCUUUUUAGUGAUACUUGAGAAAAUAAUGACUUUAUUUCAGGAGCAGCAGUAAUGAAUCUGCUAAUGUAUCUCGGAUAGACUAAGAGGGGAUUAAACCUCCUGUUUCUCAAGGUCGAAGGGGAUUUGGGGAGUUGUCGUAAAUGGGUUCUCCUGAAUAAUAAAUAAACCCAUGAAAAAGUUUGCUGUACCUUUAGUACCUUGCAGUCCUUAGCCCCAUACUCCUUUUUCCUCUUAUACCAGCUAGGUGUACAAGCUUACCCCCCCCUUUUUUUUUUUUUUUUUUUUUUUUUUGUGUUAACUUCAAACACUGUAGUAAAUGAUUACACAUUGUGCUCAUAAACCUUCUGUUGAACAUAGGGGUAUUUUUUGCAGCAUUCCUUGUUAGCAAACAUGUGGUUUCAAAUCUAAAAUUAUUCAAUGGAAGAAAAAAAUGUGGUUUGCCCAAAAAUCUUUUGGGGAGAUAGGCUACAGAAUAGGUUGUCUUCGAGAAAAUAAAUAGUGAAACCCAAAUCGAGAGACUGCGUGUGUGUGUGGUCUGUUGUGAUGAAGUGAUGUGAUUAAUACUUUAGCGUUUGUUUGCUUGUUUUUCCACUUAAAAAAUGUGUGAAACAGCCAAAUGCCUUUGUUUCUCUUAACGGUUGAACUUGUAUUCAAAUCGAGAAAAGGCGGUGCCUGAUUGGCCAGGGAGACCGUUUAUCCGCAUGCGUAGUACGUGAAAUAAAAAAAGUGAUGCAUUCGAAGCAGCUGUCGAAAUAGAAAAAGGGGGAAAGAUGAACUAUAUAUUAGCGCACUUUAGUUUUUUUCCGGAAGAACGGUAGAUUUAUUUAAACAACCACAGUGUUAAAACAUCAGAAAUCUCAAAACACGUUUACGUUUUUCCGUAUUUUCCUACACGUGCGUUUGAAUGUGCUCUUUAAGUUUGGUAUGUUUUCAAAUGCUUGUCCACUGCUACUCGAAGAAGUAGGAAUUUACUGAGAGCACUUGAAGGCAACACGAGAAGGAACAGGAAAUGAAAGCUCUGUUUUGGAGAGGCACUUUACUCCGAGCAGACGGUGCAACACGUAGCUUUUCACCCAUCCUGCUGUCCUGCCAGAUCUUCUUGUCCCCAAACCCCCAGUCCUGAGCCUGGCCCCUAGUCUCCACCAUGGACAACCUAGAGGAAGACCUGACGUGCUCCGUGUGCUACUCUCUGUUCUCUGACCCGCGAGUCCUGCCGUGCUCACACACCUUCUGUAAGACCUGCCUGGACAACCUGCUCCAGGCGUCCACCAACUAUUCCAUCUGGCGCCCGCUCCGCCUGCCUCUAAAAUGCCCCAACUGUCGCAGCGUGAUGGAGCUGCCACCAGCGGGCAUAGAGGCUCUGCCCAGCAACGUAUCUCUGCGGGCCAUCGUCGAGAAAUACCAGAGGGACAGCGAGCCGCGACCCCCUACCUGUCAGGAGCACAACAGGCAGCCUCUGAACAUGUACUGCAUCCAGGAUCGGCAGCUGAUCUGUGGGUUGUGUCUGACUGUCGGGCAGCACCAGGGCCAUUCCAUAGACGACCUGCAGGCGGCUUUCAUCAGAGAAAAACAGACCCCAUCGCUACUGCUGGCCAGACUUUCUGAGCAGAGAUGGGCACAGGCGUGUGAGCUAGGGGAGCAGCUGGAGCAGGAGAAGACCCGCUGUGAGGGUCUGUUGAGGCAGGACCGGCAGGAAGUCAGUCAGUUUUUUCAGACGCUGGAGGUGGUGAUGGCCAGGAAGAGACAAGCCUACCUGGAGGCCCUGGAUAAAGCUGCUGCAGAGGUGUCCCGGGCCUACGACCCACUCAUCCACAGAGUGAAGGAGCUACAGGAGGAACAGCUGGACCUGGUAUCCCUGGGUUCAUCAGUAGAGGAGGAGGACUCACCGCUAGUCUUCCUGGAGAAGGUGCAUUUGUUCAGAGAGAGGGUGGAGGAGUUUAUUAAAACCCCUCUGCCCUCGGUGAUAAACCUCUCCGUCACCCCGCGGGCAGCAGACUACCUUCAGCAGCGCUGGUCUGCUGUGACCAUCGGGAGCCUGGAGGAAGCACCUAUUCCUAAGGUGAGCUGCUGUGCCAGAUGUGGCGGUGCGCGGGCUGGUGCGGGGGCUGAGGCUGAGGCUGGAAGGGAUCAGUCUGACAGCUGGGUGCAGGACCUGUGGUGCGAGCUGCAGCCUGCUUCCUCUGCGGCGCUGCUGGGGUUGGGGCUGCUGCUGCUGCUGAUGCUGCUGCUGGCAGUGCUAUGGGUGAACCCGGCCGGAGGGGCAUCGCUCGGCUUCUCUCUGCUGUCUCGGUUAAGUCUGGUUGUCCACGGCCUGAGCGGCGAACUCAUGGCGUCUGUCUGGGACACGGCAGGGCCAGCAUACACAGCAAUGGAGGCAGCUGUAGAAAGACUGGGCACACAGGUCUCCUCGGUUGGGGAGAGGGCUGUCCAGCAGCUGGCUGACUUAUUUAAAACUCUGACAUAUCACUGAAAGAGACCAAACUGAAACCUUAAACCAUCAGCUUUUAGUUAGAAGCUAAAAAAGUCUCACUUCCCCAUUCCUUUAGUAAAGAGAAAAAAAAAAUCCACCCUUUUAAACAGCUGCUACUUAUUUUCAUGUUGAUGUUUGUUAAAUACGGUUCUGUCAAUCAAAAAACAGCGGAUGUCUGAUUCUGCCGUCAGCUUCACAAUGAAACAGCAAGGGUUUCUUCUCAGAUGUAGACCAGCACUGAACCUUACGCGGUGACAGUAGAGUAAAUGGACCACAAUGCAAUGCAUUUCCUUUGUUUUUGUUAAUGCUUCUCAGCACUUGUAGAAAGUCGUCCUGGAAAAUUCAGCCACUGAGUAAACAAAUAACUAGAUACUGACGGUUGGUUUUUGAAAAAUUGUGACAAUAGAAAUGAUCACUAUAAAACUGAGUUCAGCAAAAAUGCAACUGGAAACUAAAACCAGACUGAGCAGACAUAACUUAAUCACAGAAAUACCUUUUUAUAAAUGCAUUAACCAUCAGAUACACAUGUGGGUGAGGAUGGAUUUUCCCAGGGGAAAGCAUGGGAUACGACCCGCUCAUUUCCAUGUCCAAGAGAGCUGCACAGAAUAUUUUAAAACAUUUAAAAAAUCUUUAAAAAAUUUAGACACAGUUCGUUUUGCCGUAAAUCUUUAUUUACUGGAUUGUGUUAUUCUCAAGUGCUACAUUCCUCUUUGGGGUGUUUUAUUCUAGACGAUUGUCAUACUGCCUAAUUAAUGAUCAUUUAUCAUUUCACAAAAACUUAAUUGAAACAUUUCAACAUAGACUAAGGUUUGCAUAAAGCACCGUGGAAAAGUGCUCAGGACGGAAACCUUAAAUAUUAAAUUAGUGCCUAGAGACUCUUAAGUUACCUUUCCCAUCAUGCAGUGGGAUAUUUCAGUAGCUUUCCCGUUGCGUCGGGGGCUCGGCAGAUGAGUACAGCUACGUGUGUAUCUCCUUACGCGAGGCUGUUUACAGUGACUGGAGCAGUUUGUGAAAUUUAGAGCCUGCUGAGUGGAACCAGACACACGCUGGAUCUCACUGGUGUUCUGACUGGCUCCCUUACUGUGCCUUUAACCAUCAUGCCUUCACCUUGCACUUGAUACCUUUAUUGUAGUGGACUGGUUAGGAUAGCUUUUUAAAAAAUUUUUUUAUAUUAAGUCUAUUUUAGAAAUGUAUUAUAGCUUUUGGAAAAGCUUCACCAGCACUAUUCUGCAUCUGAAAAAUGUUACUUCAUUUUGCUAACCAUGUGGACAAGUGAUUGUGUUUUUAUUAUAAACUUUUUCUCAUUUCCUGUAUUUAAAAAAAAAAGUCUCAAUAAAUUUGUUCAAAUGUUUCAA